AUGGCGGAAGAAUCACAGAGCCCGCCUGUUGAAGAGAAAUCUUCAAUUAUUCAUACAAUCCUCCUUGCAAUAUUCAGCAUCGUGGUUGUAUUAAUUUUCAGUUUCGUUAUAGCAUUCUCCAAAGAUGAAGAAGAAUAUGACAAGGUUACGGUGUUAAUCCAGCUCAUUCUUGCUGGAAGCCUAAUGUUGUCUGGCUUGUUCAUGCUUUUUAUCAACGUUAUGGGCUCAGGUCCAUUCUCAAUGAGAUUUUUAAGACCAGUCUUCAUGAGAUCAUCUGCAUCUGUUUUCCUUUCAUUUUUAAAGGAACAAGAAAUGAAAGUCAGAAAUUUAGGUGCACUUGCUCGCAUUAACAAUUCAAAAACAAUUACAUUCGAUGAAUCAAUUGCAUUACAGGCAUCAGCAAUUACCUCAGUUGGAAUUGUCAACGAUGACUUCGCAAUUGAUCUCUAUGAAAUCAAAGAAAAGAAACUUUUCAUUGAUGAUACCAAAUGUGAUGUUCCAGAUCAGUUACGUCUCAUUGCUGAUGCACUAUAUGCCAGCAAGAAGGAAUUCGUAUCAUUUUCAAAGCCAAUCGAUGAUUUUUACGCAAUUUUCGGAGAUAAGCAAAAACCAGCUCAAUUAAAAUGCCGUUCCGCAAAAGACGUCAUUGCUGAUGGAAAAUUGCUCUCAUCCGAGCUUGACAAAUUACGUUUUGCAGAGAAAACUGCCACAGAUCGUUGCCGUUAUUUGAUUGCAAUCCUUCGCGACGAAACUCGUCUCAUCGGUCUCGCUGAGAUACAGCUCAUUGCAGAUGGGUUAGUUAUCGACAGCAACAAAGUACAUCUCAGAACUCAUCUUAAUAAAGAAACAGAAACGAUGAUUGCAAAGAGAUUACGCAUUUCAGAAGAACCACCAAAAUUUCCAACCCUUUCCGUCGAUAAUGGCCAAGUUUACUACGAAAAUAAUAAUAAUUCCAAAGAAAGAGUUGCUACAAUCUCCAGUCCAAAGCUUGCCCUUCAGCUCAAGCCAAAGGGCCUUUCAGAAUCACGUUACUGCUACCUCAUUCUCAUUCCUUACAUCAUUUGCUGCUUAAUUGCUCCUUUCGGACUUUACAGCGUCAUUGUCGAAGACAACAAGCGCUUAUUCUCCCUUAUUUUCAUCGCUCCAGCAUUUUACGCAGCAGUUCGUGGUGGUUUCCUCUCAUGUUUGCGUUUAUCCAUCAUUUCAACAAUAAUUGUCAUCGCCGUAGGUACUCCAAUUUGCUACUUCUUCACUACCUACCUCGCGGAUAACGCAAUCAUCGGGUCCGAAAAGUCCAUCUACAUCAUCAUCGCUGCUGCCGGAAUUAUUGACGUUCCAAUCUUCAAUCUCUUCAUCGGCAUCCUCUGCUUCUGCACGAAUGCCGUCAACUUCGUCAACGAGGAUGGCUUUGAGCACGCUUCCUGCUUGCUUGCUUCAGUUGCCGCCUACAUUGUUUUGAUAUUUGCUCUUACUAUUGUCGCCAGAUCAAAGAUAGAUACAUCUAAGAAAUAA